AAGCCGUUUCGGCUCAAGUUGUCGGAUAGAUUUUGACGUUGCUGAGAUCGUUUCCAUUGUUUUCCCGCCUCGAUUCUCGCAGCGACCAUGUCGACGGAUUUGAUUCAAAGCACGAUGCAGUCCGAUGGUGUCACCGACUUCGCCAACUGGACGGUCCCAGCAGCCGCGAUGAAGACUGCAGUUUCUGAAGGGGUGACUGAUAUUCACGAUCAGCUUCCUAACAAGCUUGUCCUGGCGUUGCUUGCGGUGACGGUUCUCUACGUGCUACGCAAUUGCAAGUUCCGCCAUGCAUGGGUCAUUCCUGCAGGCUACAUCAUGGCUGAUGUAUACAUGGCUGUACUUCACAUGUUCCUUGAUCAUCCACGCACCAGGGACUGCCCGGUUGGUUUCCUGAAAGAUCUGGCUCUCGACUUCCAGAAUCAUCACAGGAACCCGUUUGGAGUUGUGAUUAGCAAUCACGUUUCGGCCAUCGACCUUUUGAACACUUUGACUCUGGGUUUACCUCUGUUUUGGGCAGUGACCACAAAGCUUUUGAAGGGCAAGUCCUUGCCUCCUCAGGUGAUCCUCUUCGGCUUCGCUACGACCUGCGGUGGUAUCCUGGGGGCUUACAACCACGUGUGCUGCCACGCGCGAACUCAUAAGGUCCCCAUCCCAGAGGUCAUCAGGAUGGGUCAGGACUACGGGCUUUUCCCACACAACGAAUUCCACCGCAAGCACCACACGCCGCCCCAUGCCGAUAAUUUCGCCUUCCUCGUCGGUGGCGCUCCUGCAUACGACUAUCUGUAUUUGCAGCUGCAGAGCUGCGUAAUCCAUUAUUACGAAGUCAUGGCCGUACUGUUCACUCUCGUGCAGCCUUUUGUUGUGAGUUCGCUCAUGGCCGUAUACGUGCUGUUGCGAGGGGAGGCGGAGGCGCCCAAGGCGAAGACUGCGUAGGAAUUCUCUCGGCCCGAGAAGCUGUUCCGGAAAGGUUUAUAGUUUUCGACGAAUCGGCAGACACAUACCUAAUUUUCCGUACGCCAUCUUAUAUAAAAUUGUGUUCUUGCUCACCGGCGAGGCAUGGGCCCGUUUGUCAGUGUGAGUUUCGCACAAGGGGAAUUCAACGUGAGCCGUGUCGGCUCUGUGAUUGGUGUAGAGACAGCCCAAAAACAAUUCCACAUUGGUAGCAGAGCUGGUCUUGCACAUCGGACGCCUUUGUUUGCGAUUGGUUCAUUGGUCAUAGGAUGCAC